GCGCCGAACGAUGAGAGCUUCAUGACGGAUAGCUCGAACGAUCACAAUGCCCACGAACGGACCAGAGCCGAUCACGUCGACCAGUGCGGCGUAUGGCUAACAUCGCUGAUGGGGUUGGCCAAAGCGCUCGCACACAUCCAGCCGCCCACCACGACCCGGGGCGAUAUACCUACUUACACAGAAGGUCUCAGUCUAAAAGGUCAGGUCUCGGGACCCAUCACAGAUAUCCUGGAUGCGGCUGCGCUGUGCUUGGCUAGUGUGGUACUGUUCGGUACUUCGAAGCAGAUACGUCGUGCGCUGGGGAGGACGGUGGCUAUUGUGUGUGCAAACGCCCCACUCUGUAGCCCAGAUAAUGAAGCCCAAAGAGAUGCGAUGGGGGGUCUUUUAUGGGCCUUCUGCCUUACUCUGAGUCAGAACGUCAACGUGCGGGAUGUGCUACCAACGGUUGCGGCACUGACCCAUAACUGGUUGCGCAGGACUCUUGGACAAGAUACCGAUAUGAGUGAUGAGAUCAACAACGCGAUGAGCGGGGGCGCAGCUGAUACGAAUUAUGUGGCUCUGGCCUGUGCUUGUCUCAAG